UUACCCUCCAAGAAGAAGAGAGACAAUGAAACAUGAGUGGAAGAGGUUGCCUUAUCCAAUUCCAUCCCAUGAAAAAAAAAAAAAAAAGUGUUACACAUUUCAACACCAAAGUAAUAAACAUCUUAAUUAUUUCUGAAAAAAAUGGUAGAGGCUGUCAUGAGUUUCACCUUAUCCAAGCCCAUAUCUCUUAACUGUUCUUCACCCCACCCACUAAAUUCAAACACAAUUAACAAUAAUUCUUCUAGAUUGCUGCUUAAACAAUGUUCAAUCUCCAAAUUUGGCAAUGGGCUAUGUCACCAGGUUGAAAAAAGUGGAAGAGGCUAUGUUGGUAAAGUAAAUGCUUUGCCAGACUUGCCUUUAAUGGCAGUUUUAGUUCAGCAUGCUGAAGGACAAAGAGAACUCAUAACUCACAAAUCAAUUUGGCACUUAAGUGAUAAUGCCAUUAAAAAUGUUUACACUUUUUAUGUCAUGUUCACUUGUUGGGGAUGUUGUUUCUUUGGAGCUACUAAAGAUCCAUACUAUGAUUCAGAGCAAUACAGGGGUGAUGGAGGCGAUGGAACGGGGCAUUGGGUCUAUGAGAAGCAAGAAGACAUAGAAGAAUCUGCAAGAGCGGCUUUAUGGCGCGAGGAGCUAAUCGAAGAAAUUGAACAAAAAGUUGGUGGCUUGCGAGAGUUGGAGGAUGCUGGUCGCAAAGAAGAGCUUCUUAAAUGAUAUAAUCAUUGAUUUAUACAGUACUCGUUAAUAAUUUUUGUGUGCAUAAUAUGUCCUUUUAUUUCCAUAUAUAAAUAAAAUCAUGUUACAUACGUAUAUAAAAUUACAUAUGGCAUCAAAGUGCUUAUUCAUUUA